GAACUAAUAAAAUAAGUUAGUCAAAUCAUUUGCUCCGUAAUACAAUCAGCUAAUACAAUCAGAUUCAACUUUCAGUUUUUUCCCAAACACGACCUAAGUUUUUUUUAACGCAACCCCAAUAAAAAAAAAGUAAUCACAUAAAUAUCCUACACCGUAAACGCUAAAAAGGAAGCAAGGAAACCUGAACCAAAAAACCACUCUUCAACUUCAUCUGUCCGCCUCCAUUACUCGCAGAAACACCCAAACACACAGAACAUCAGCAGCGAGGAGAGAGAAAAAACCAACAAUGGGGAAGAAGAGAGCGAAGAAGGUGAAGAAAGCAUGGCGCAAUAUCAGCUCUGAAGAAUUCGAGGAUUUCACCGAGAAAACUACUCGUGACGCUAAUUCCGGCGGUUCUCUUGCUUCUGCUCCCAGUGAUUCUCUCUUUGUUCUUGAUAAAUCCACUGAUGUACCGGUGAAGCGUAAAAUUGAGAAGAAGAGGGAGAAAGUACUGCGUUUCGAGAGUAUACUGCAGAGGAAUCAAUUUGUUAAACCUGUGGAGUCAUCUAUUCUCAAGGAUUCCAAGAAGAAAAGGAAAACAGUUGAUUUGGCUAAGUCUCAGGAUUCUUCCAAAGAUAAAGAUAAAAAAGGCCCUGAAUCUGGCAAAUUUGAUAUAUGGGAUGCUCAAAGUACAUUAAAUAUCAAGGGCAAGAAGAAAGGUAAACCUUCACAAAUUCCAGCAGUUGAAGUUGAGCCUCAAGGAUGCUCUUUUAAUCCAGAGGAUGAGAGUCACAAGGACUCCUUGGCACAAGCUGUUGCAGAAGAGAUGAAGAAAAUUUAUAAAAAGGAGCUGGAGCCUGAGCCAAUUCCUUUAACUGUUCCUGGAGAACCAGUCACUGAAGAUGAUAAAUAUUUUCUGGAAGUCGACAAUGAAGAUGAUGAGGAAAUGGACGAGGAAAAUCAAACUGAAGAUGGGAAUAUCGAAGAUGAAAAAAGGAAACCUAAAGAAAAACGGAUUACAACUGUUGAGAAAAACAAAAGAAUUAGACGGAAGGAACAGGAAAAGGCCUCAGCAGAAGCCAAGAAGAUUGAAGAGCUUUCAAAGGAAAUUGACAGCAUACCGGAUUUACUUAAGGAAAUAGCUGAAGAGGACGAAGAAAAGCAAAAGAGACAUCUCCGUCGUAUGGUAGCAAAAGAAGAAAGGCUAAAAUCAGGCCCUCCACGCUUGGGAAAACGAAAGUUUGAGCCUGCCCCGACUCAGGUUCUCCUGACUGAAGAAAUUACUGGAUCCCUCCGCAAGCUGAAGGCUUGUUAUACUUUAGCAAGGGAUAGGUUUAAGAGUCUAGAGAAGAGAGGAAUACUUGUCCCAUCAAUGAAGAGGAACAGGAAAUAGUGGUUUUCAAAGCUGCUGAUUUCUCAAGAGGGCAAGGCUUGUAUAAGAUCAUUUGCUGACAAGAUUAAAUUAAAAGUAGCCUGAGCUGUUGACAAAAUCCUACACAAAUUUUGAUCGGUCUAUUUUGUAGUUAAUGGGAUUUCCCCAUUUUUUUCCAGUUUUUUGCUUUUAGUUCUUUGUUGAGAGGUUUUGCUAGCCAAAUCUGUAGGUAGUAAGGAAGAUAUAGUCCUCCCCAAAACAAAUGGGGAGUGUACACUGUAAUUCCAAUUCAUGGAUCAUGAUAUUUAUUACUAUAUGUUAUAGAAGGCCUAGUUAUGUGAGUAUUAGUUUUGCCUGUAAACUUGAAUUUUCUCCUUUUCCUGUGUAUUCUGUAUUUCGAAUUUGACAAGCACACAAGAUGAAGGCAAUAAUAAACAACAA